UGAGUGUAAACAGAUGAAACUCAACAUGAAAUCACAUAGUACUUUGUGAUAGUGUUGCAGCAAGAUCUCUUAUUUUCUUUCAUAUUGCUCAAAGAUCGAAGGCUGAGAGCAACCAGCAAUGAACUUGGCCUCACCCCGACCUUUCUGGUGACUCUCGCUCUCUCUCGCUCCUUCCUUCUUCUUGGCCUCUUCUCUCUCGACCCUGCAAACAGAAAGCCGGGAAAAAGAUCGACAACCAUGUCACUGCUCAAGCCCAACCAGCCUCCAUCUCGCACCAUCGCCAUCAUCGCGCUGGCGCUCACAUUCACCCUCUGCUCGUCGUCGCCGGCAAUCCUCCGAGUCACGGAGCACAACCCUCUCCUCACCGCCGAGCGCAGGUUCCAAAUCUUCAUGCGCAAGUACGACAGGAGCUACUCCACCCGGGAGGAGUACUCGCGCCGCCUUGGGAUCUUCGCGGCCAACCUGGCACGGGCCGCGGAGCACCAGGCCCUCGACCCGACCGCCGUCCACGGCGUCACCCCCUUCUCCGACCUCUCCCCUGAGGAGUUCGAGAGCCUCUACACCGGCGUCAGGGGUGGCGGAGGCGGCCUGGGCUCCUCGAACGGCGUGGCCCCGCCGGCAGAGGAGGAGGAGGUGAAUGGGUUGCCGGAGAGCUUCGACUGGCGAGAGAUGGGAGCUGUCACUGAGGUCAAGACGCAAGGCUUGUGUGGUUCAUGCUGGGCCUUCAGCACUACAGGAGCUGUUGAAGGAGCCAACUUCAUCGCCACUGGGAAGCUUCUCAAUCUUAGCGAGCAGCAGCUUGUCGACUGUGAUAGCACGUGCGAUUUGUCAGAGAAGACAGCAUGCGACAGCGGCUGCCAUGGAGGCCUUAUGACGAAUGCGUACAGGUACUUGAUUGAGGCGGGCGGGUUGGAAGAGGAGAGCUCGUAUUCUUACACUGGGAAACGCGGGGAGUGCAAGUUCAAAUCGGAUCAGAUAGCCGUCCGGGUGGUGAAUUUUACCACCAUCCCUGUCGACGAGGACCAGAUAGCAGCACAUUUGGUCAAACACGGUCCCCUUGCAGUGGGGCUAAACGCGGUCUUCAUGCAAACUUACAUCGGGGGAGUCUCGUGCCCGAUCAUUUGCGGCAAGAGAUGGGUCAAUCACGGGGUGCUCCUCGUCGGCUACGGAGCGAAUGGGUUCUCCAUCAUCAGGCUCGGCAACAGGCCGUAUUGGAUCAUAAAAAACUCGUGGGGGAAUCGCUGGGGAGAGCACGGUUACUACCGGCUCUGCCGUGGGCACGGCAUGUGUGGAAUGAACACCAUGGUUUCGGCUGUUGUUGUAAUAUGUGCCUCUUCUUUUGACCAGGAUUUUGGAACCGUCGGCUCAAGUAUCACAUAUGGGUUAGUUGUGGAUUACCAGGUUUUGUGA